AGCUCAUUCAGUGCGUCUAACAUGUCAGAGACAGAAACAGAGAGAAUGGAGCACACUCAGAUGGUAAAGCCAGAGACCCUGGAUGAUCUGAUUAAAAUUCUCCACCAGAUUUUCGAAAGUGACAAUGUCAAUAUUGAGGAGGUACAGAAUAUAAUGGAGGCAUAUGAAAGUAAACCACAGGAAUGGAUGAAAUUUGCAAAAUUUGACCAGUACAGGUAUACCAGGAAUCUCGUCGAUGAAGGCAACGGCAAAUUUAAUCUUAUGAUUCUGUGUUGGGGUGAAGGGCAUGGCAGUAGUAUCCAUGACCAUGCAGACUCACACUGCUUCCUGAAGCUUCUACGGGGCCAGCUGAAGGAGACUCUGUUCGAAUGGCCUGAUUGUAAAUCACAUGGUGACAUGCUCCAAAAAUCUCAGCGCAUCUUGCAGGAAAACCAGUGUGCUUAUAUUAAUGAUUCCAUUGGCCUGCACCGGGUAGAAAACGUCAGUCACACGGAAUGUGCAGCCAGCUUGCACUUGUACAGUCCUCCUUUCCAGCAAUGCCAGACGUUUGACCAGAGAACGGGACAUAAGAACACAGUCAAAAUGACAUUCUGGAGUAAAUUUGGCAAGAGGACACCAUUUGAAACUACCAUCUCACAAGAAAAUAACUGAGAAUGGGGAAAACUUUACAUCCACAAAUUCAGGCCUGGUUAAAACAACAAUGUUGACAUCAUUAUUUUUAUGAAAUACAAAAAUAUUGAUUUGAUACGUUUCACUAAAUUUGCAAAAGACAUUUUUUGAUAGGGACUCAGUAAUUAAAGAGGAUUGGUCUUGACCCAGUGUAUGCUUGAUGCUGAGCACAUUAUAAGGGGCCUGAAUAGAAGAUCUGUUCUUUGUUCACUUGGUUUGAGAAAGGUCCUAACAGCAUUCCUAAGCAUCUGUGACCUGUCUAAUCACACUUUUGUACUGUUACUGGGCCUGAAAUUCUCUUGCCUAAACAUAUAAUUUAUAAGAAGCUAUUUUGAUUAUUUUUUUUUUUAAUUGUGGUCACAAAACCGUAAUUAACUAAAAAGUCCACUCAUGAAAUGUAAUGAAAUGAAAUACCUUUAUGUAAAAUGGAGCACUUUCUUUUAUUGAUGUGUUAAUUUCAAUGUAAACUAGCAUGGUUUAUCACCACCACAUUGUAACAUAACACCUUAUGUAGUCUAAAGACUUAUUUUUUAUACAAUUCAUUGUCAGUAAAUUAAAUAUGGAAUAUUUGAUGUUAGGACGAACAAAGAGGAUAGUAAUUGUGUUUAGUAUCUUAAGCCUAGAUGUUUUAUUUAAAAUUGAACUUAAGUCUUAUAUAGCAAUGAUUUUUAGAUAAAAAUAGAAGAAGAAUUUAGUUGCACAGUGAAUGAGACUUGUUUUUCGAGCUAUAACUGUCGAGGUAUUUAUAGCUUUGAACAGCUUUUUCUAGCAUGGCUGUUUAAUUCAUCAGCCAGCCAUUAGGAUUAUGAUGAUGAUGAAAAAGCUUUGCAAUAACUGUACAACAUUAAAUGAUAUUUCUGCAUUGUUUCCAAUUAUCGUUGUCUGUCCUGUAUAAUAAAAUUGUUUGUCACUCUUUGGUGCUAAUAACCUGA